CUUAAACCUGGUAUUUUACUUGCCUUCAAAGCGUUCCUCGGCUAUCUUCCUUCAUACCCUCUUUAAAAGUUACUUGACUUAAAUAUUUCUCUUUUUUGUUUCUUUCUACUUUUCUCCCUUUUCUUUCCAUCCUCUGAGAACAUGCCUGAAUGUCCCUAGAAAGGGAGAGAUUUGAACUGUUACGGAAAAAGUUCAAAAGAGAAGCUGAUGCUUGGCCUCAUCAAAUGGCAGGAAUCAGAAGACCAAUGUCCAGCCCUCCUGGAACACUCAAUACCAUUACUCCUUGUGCUGCUUGUAAGCUUUUGCGUCGUAGAUGCGCUCAAGAAUGUCCCUUUUCGCCUUAUUUCUCCCCACAUGAGCCUCAUAAGUUCGCAUCCGUCCACAAAGUCUUUGGAGCUAGCAACGUAUCCAAGAUGCUAAUGGAAGUUCCGGAAAGUCAGAGAGCAGACGCGGCAAAUAGCCUCGUGUAUGAAGCAAACGUAAGGCUAAGGGAUCCGGUGUACGGAUGCAUGGGUGCAAUCUCAGCUCUACAACAACAAGUUCAAGCUUUACAAUCCGAGCUUACGGCCGUACGAUCGGAGAUUCUCAAGUACAAGCAACGAGAAGCAGUCGCCACUUUGAUCUUACCUUCCAACUCCCAAGUCGCCGGGUUUCACUCCAGCGGCAUCUCCGUCAUUGCACCACCACCACAAACACCGUCAACUCCACCGCAACCUACGGUGGCUCCUCCUCCUCCAUCUUCUUGUGUUUUCUCUCAACCAACCACAAGAACCUUGGAAUACGGCGACAUUGAGAAUGAGAACAACUCUUACUUCGGUUGAAAUUUAUUUGAAUCAUUACAAACACACACACAAAACACACACACACAUAAUUUAUUGCGAUAAUUUAUGGUCCGGUGAUUAACUAAACUAAAUAAAUAUAAGGGAGGAAGAUUUAUAAAGCCUAUCGUUAAUCGAGCAAAUGUAUAUUUAUAAAUUUUAACCGACAGUUAGAUGAGGUUA